GGGGAGAGAGAGGGGGUGGGAGAGGCAGGGCCGCCCGCGCGGCCUCCAGAGAUGGUGAUCUGUUGCGCGGCGCUGAAUUGCUCCAACCGGCAGGGCAAAGCUCCCCGGGGUCGAGCGGCCGUCUCCUUCCACAGGUUCCCGUUAAAGGACUCAAAGCGACUGAUCCAGUGGUUAAAAGCAGUUCAGAGGGACAACUGGACUCCCACCAAGUAUUCCUUUCUCUGCAGCGAGCAUUUCACUAAAGACAGUUUUUCAAAACGUCUGGAAGACCAGCACCGGCUGCUCAAACCCACAGCUGUGCCAACCAUUUUCCAGCUUUCGGAGAAAAGUGGGGAUAGCAAGGAUUAUGUCAAAAGGAGGAGAAAAAUAGCAAGCCAGACUCUGCAAGGAGAUGGCAUUCAAUCAAAGGAAGGAAGUGGUGAGGUAGUUGAGAGAAUCUUAUCUAACCAAGACUUGAUAGUGGAAGGAGCUAAAGAAAUGGAGCAAGUGACUCUUCAAGCUGAAAUUGGGUCAAUGUCUGAGCAAGGAGAGACUUUCCAGGUCCAGCUUGAAGGCUCCCUCAGAAGGAUGUUGGCAGAUAACCUAGUCACAAAGGUAGCUCAGAAUAAGCCAGAAAAGCAUUCUGUAGAGGAUUGUUCUGAAACGGUUAUCCAUCCUGGGAGUCUGAAAAUGGAUAGAAGUGGUGUAUCCGAGGAUGACUUCACACCUCCUGUAUCUGGUGCAUGCAAAUUUAUUGGCUCCCUUCACUCUUACAGCUUCUUCUCCAAGCACAAUAGAGAGAGGUCAUCUUUUCCAAAGGAGCAACUAGAAAGGAAAAGGUUGAGAAGAAGCAUGGAACCAAGCUGUAGUAGCAAUACUGUGGAGCAGGACACUAGUUUAAUGGAAACCUCUUCUACUUCCUCUCUUACUGCUGUCCCUCAGAAACCUGCCCAAAGCAUGUCUGCAUCCCCUGCGGAUCUUACCCCUAAACCAGCAACAGAAGCUGUUGUAGGCCAGAAGGGAGAGACUGAUGCCAACCCCAUGUCAAUUAAUGAGGUCAUCAUGUCUGCCUCAGGAGCCUGCAAGCUCAUUGACUCCCUCCAUUCAUACUGCUUCUCCUCUAGGCAAAGCAAAAGUCAAGUGUGCUGUUUGAGAGAGCAGGUAGAAAAGAAGAAUGGAGAGCUGAAGCAGUUGAGACAAAAGAUCAGCCGCUCUGACAGCCAAGUUAGAAAGCUGAAGGAAAAACUAGAUGAACUGAAGAGGAUCAAUUUCCCUUUCCUGAGCAAUCUGCUAUCCCAGGACUGUGAAACCCCGCAGUUGAAUCCUGUGAUUAAACCUCUCUCCUGGAUGCUGGGCACCUGGCUGUCGGACCCACCAGGAGAAGGUACCUUCCCUACAAUGAAGCCCUUUGAAUACCUCGAAGAAGUGCACAUCUCUCAUGUGGGGCAGCCCAUGCUGAAUUUCUCAUUCAACGCCUUCCAUCCAGACACCAGAAAACCAAUGCAUCGAGAAUGUGGAUUUAUCCGCAUCAAACCAGACACUAACAAGGUGGCCUUCAUCAGUGCUCAGAACACAGGUUUGGUAGAGGUGGAGGAGGGAGAGGUAAAUGGCCAGGAGCUUUCUAUAGCUUCCCACUCUGUAGCAAGGAUCUCGUUUGCCAAGAAACCCCAUGUAGAACAAAUUACUAGAAAAUUCAGGCUCAAUUCCGACGGAAAACUAGAACAGACGGUCUCCAUGGCAACCACUACACAGCCAAUGACUCAGCACCUCCACGUUACCUACAAGAAAGUGACUCCUUAAAACAAAGAAUGGUUUCAGCACAGAAGCAUGGUGGCCUGUGUGGAGAGCUAGGAUGCAAAACACAGUGACUUUACAUAUCUGGCAGAAUUUGCAAUUGCUGAAGGAUUUUAUUCUGACGUUUCUGUAAUGGUAAACCUAAAAAGAAAUAACCCUAAUGCCAAUAAAAAAGUCUUUAUUUUUAA